AUGAUCGGCCAGUUUCUGGGACUGGGUGCGACCACCACAGAAGGCGCAGACGCUUGGCAGUUCGUGGACAAUGAUGAGAUGGCGACGCAAUUGGAAGCCGCGGCCACCGAGACGGUGCAUUGCCAGGCUAGACUGGAAGAGAUGCACGGCGUACUGCAGCAGAUGAGAGCGCGUCUGGGCACAAUGCACGCCAUGGUCACGCGGAGCACUGGCUCGGAGGCACAAACUUGCAAACCGUCGGGUAACCGUGAUGCUGAGAUUGCCGCGCUGCGCCAGGAACUGGUGGAAAGCAGACGGGAGCGCGAGAAGCUUGCGCAUCUGGUUGGCGAGCGUGAUCGUGCGCUUCGCCAUGUUACACAGGAGCGAGACAGCUUCGCCAAGUUGCUCGCGAGCCGCACAGCCGAGCUCGACGCCGCGCAAGCCUUUCUCCCCGCCGCAGAUUCCGUCACGGACACGCACGCCAUCGAACUCGUCCAGGCUCUCAACUACGAAAUAUCGCAGGCUGCCACUGUCCUCGUCGAAUCGUUGGAUGAUGAAUCCCGCCGACUUCCCAUCUCCGAAAAGCUCUAUGUUGCGGUUUGCUCCAGCGUGAAGGUGGUCGGCCAACCCAUAGUCGAUCUUCUGGGUUCAUCCAGCGAGGACCCCAUGCUCUCCUUGCAGAUAGGAUUUCAGGCGGUUUUGGUCCAGAUGGCGAAGUUAGAGAUCAAUUGCUGGAGUCAUCGUAUACUGACGUCUGACGCUUCGAAACUCGAUGUCAUCAAGGAGGCUAUGGCGAAGAAGGAGCCGGAGCACGUCGCCGUGAGAUGGAGCGCGCUCAGUCAUAAGUACGCAAAGGAGGCCAUCGACAAGCAAUUCGGUGCAGACGAAUUGGCCGCGCGUCUCGCGCGUCAAUGGGCCGACGCCGUCACUUUGGCAGGUUAUAAUGGUGAUUUGAGUUCUAGGGAGAAGUCGAAGAGUGUGACGGCCAAGGUUGGACCGCAGUUACUGGAGGUGGCGAAGCUCAUUCUCCAAUUGAACGUGGUCCUUGGGCAGACAGUACUGCGAGGCUGGAUGUACUGUACCGGGGCGCGGGCUGGCGAGGAUUACGAUCCCUUCACGAUGGAAAUGGACUUCCAAAGCGAGGAUGUAGAGGUGCAGGACGCGAGGGAGUACAGUGUCAUCGGCGUGACGGCGCUGGGCUUGCAGAGGUCGGAGGGCGCGAAGGAUGUUACUCUGCUGAAGUCGAAGGUCACCGUGAAGUCUGUCGCUCAGUCGGACGUUUAG